AAGUGACGUAUAUCCGGUGUAAUGGCGGCCCGGAGCAGCUCUAGGUGACAAUUGCAGACAGAAGAAAUAAGCUGUCAAGAGAUUCAGACUACUGCGUACUUGUUCCUUGGCACACACAACUUGAGGAGUAUUUUGAUUUAUUGCGUCAGUUGGCAACAGAAAAUGAAAAGUAGUGUGGCACAGAUAAAACAUUCUUCUGGUCAUGACAGAAGGGAAAACUAUAAUUCAUAUCAGAGGGCCUCCUCUCCAGAAGAUAGAUAUGUAGAACAAGAAAGAUCCCCCCGGGAAAGAGAUUACUUUGAUUACAACAGGUCAGACUAUGAGCAUUCGAGAAGAGGACAUUCUUACGAUAGUGGCAUGGAGUCACGCAGUAGGGACCGAGAAAAACACAGAGAAAGAGAUAUGGAGCGGAAAAGGUCCCGGAAAUCCCCAUCUCCUGGGAGACGAAGCCCAGAAACAUCUGUAACCCAGAAUUCCUCUGCUCAGGAUGAACCUACUGCAAAGAAGAAGAAAGAUGAAUUGGAUCCUCUCCUUACUCGCACCGGUGGAGCAUAUAUUCCUCCUGCGAAACUCAGGAUGAUGCAGGAACAGAUCACAGAUAAAAGCAGCUUAGCAUACCAGAGGAUGAGCUGGGAGGCACUAAAGAAGUCAAUCAAUGGUCUGAUCAACAAAGUCAACAUUUCUAACAUAGGUAUUAUUAUUCAAGAGCUUCUUCAAGAAAAUAUAGUUAGAGGAAGAGGACUGCUAUCCAGAUCUGUUUUGCAAGCACAAAGUGCUUCUCCAAUCUUCACUCAUGUUUAUGCGGCACUGGUGGCAAUCAUCAACUCAAAAUUUCCACAGAUUGGAGAAUUAAUACUCAAGAGGUUAAUUCUUAAUUUUCGAAAGGGCUAUCGAAGAAAUGAUAAGCAACUUUGUCUGACUGCUUCAAAAUUUGUGGCCCAUCUUAUCAAUCAAAAUGUGGCACAUGAAGUUCUAUGCUUAGAAAUGCUCACUUUGCUCCUGGAAAGACCUACAGAUGAUAGUGUUGAAGUAGCUAUUGGUUUUCUCAAGGAAUGUGGCCUCAAAUUAACAGAAGUAUCACCAAGAGGAAUUAAUGCUAUAUUUGAACGUCUUCGAAACAUUCUCCAUGAGUCUGAAAUUGACAAAAGAGUUCAGUAUAUGAUUGAAGUGAUGUUUGCAGUACGGAAGGAUGGAUUCAAGGAUCACCCUGUUAUCCUAGAAGGACUUGACCUAGUUGAGGAAGAUGAUCAGUUCACCCAUAUGCUCCCUCUGGAGGAUGACUAUAAUCCAGAAGAUGUUCUUAAUGUUUUCAAGAUGGAUCCUAAUUUUAUGGAGAAUGAAGAGAAGUACAAAGCCAUAAAGAAGGAAAUUCUUGAUGAAGGAGACAGUGACUCAAACACAGACCGAGAUGCUGGAAGUAGUGAUGAGGAGGAGGAAGAAGAGGAUGAAGAAGGGGAAGAAGAUGAAGAAGGACAAAAAGUCACUAUUCAUGACAAAACAGAAAUUAAUCUGGUCUCAUUUCGUCGCACAAUUUAUCUUGCUAUUCAGUCAAGUUUAGAUUUUGAAGAAUGUGCGCACAAACUGCUGAAAAUGGAGUUUCCUGAAAGUCAAACAAAAGAACUCUGCAACAUGAUACUUGAUUGCUGUGCCCAGCAAAGGACAUAUGAGAAAUUUUUUGGCUUAUUAGCUGGGCGUUUUUGCAUGCUAAAAAAAGAAUACAUGGAAUCCUUUGAAAGUAUAUUCAAAGAACAGUAUGAUACCAUUCAUCGUUUAGAAACAAACAAAUUGAGAAAUGUCGCCAAGAUGUUUGCUCAUCUUUUAUACACUGAUUCACUUCCAUGGAGUGUUCUUGAAUGUAUAAAGCUGAGUGAAGAGACUACUACAUCAUCCAGUAGAAUUUUUGUCAAAAUAUUUUUCCAGGAACUAUGUGAAUACAUGGGUCUUCCUAAACUUAAUGCAAGAUUAAAGGAUGAAACUCUACAACCAUUCUUUGAAGGAUUAUUACCCCGAGAUAAUCCAAGAAACACUCGGUUUGCCAUCAACUUUUUUACUUCUAUAGGUCUUGGAGGUUUAACGGAUGAGUUGCGUGAGCAUCUCAAAAAUACCCCAAAGGUCAUCGUGGCACAGAAACCAGAUGUUGAGCCAAAUAAAUCGUCUCCCUCCUCUUCCUCUUCCGCGACCUCCUCUUCAGAAUCUGACUCCUCUGCCUCGGAUUCCGACAGCAGUGAUCACAGUUCAGAAUCCUCUAGUGAAGAGAGCGAUUCUUCAUCUACCAGUAGUCGUAGCUCUGCCUCAGCUAAAAAUACACGAAGGAAGGCGCAAAGGAAGACCAGAAGUAAAGAAGUAGAUAAAUUAAUUAGGAAGCAACAAACAAAUGACAGAAAACAAGAAGAAAGGAGAUGGGAACAAAGGCACCAGGAAACAAGGACUGAAAGAGAAAGGUCAGGAAAACAAAGAGAUCAGAAUUUAAGAGAUCUUCAUUGGAGAGAUGCCACUACAAAAUAUACUUCAGACAGAGGUGUUCCUUCUGAAAGAAAUAGUUACAGUAGAAUUGUGAAUGACAGAGAGCAAGAAGUGCACAUGGAUUUGGAAAAUAAGCAUGGUGAUCACAAAAAGAAGAGAGAAGAGAGGAGAAAUUCUUUUUCAGAAAAUGAGAAGCACAAGUACCACAAUAAAGAUAGUGAAAAUUUUAGAAGAAAAGAUAGAUCAAAUUCAAGGGAAAAGAAUAGGAAACAUUCAGGCUCUAGAAGCGAUGAAAAUAGAUACCAGAAUGGUGCUGAGAGGCGAUGGGAAAAAUCUAGUAGCUAUUCCGAACAAUCCAGAGACUCCAAGAGAAAUCAGGACCGACAAAGAGAACAGUCUCCAACAAAGCAAAAAUACUAGUGCAAAGUAGGACAAACUGAACAUGCCUUACAUUCAACUGAAACAAAAUAUUUUUUACAUUGAUUGUGGACCUUUAUAGAGGAUUCUUGUAUAAAGUACUGAUUUGUAUUUGUACAUUUAAAAACUGUUUUCCUUUUAACAAGUUUUAUAAUUGAUACAUCCCAGGGCUCUCCAUACAAACUUAUUUGAAGGGAAAGUUUCACCAGAGGGAAAUGUAAGAGUUGCUUAUAUUUUAUGAAUAAAAUAAUCAAAUGCUCA